AUGGUUUCAGACCAGAUGAUGGAACAGUCUGCUACCUUAGCAGCACCAGGUGGAGCUAGGAGGAAUAGAAAACGAUACAUUGGGGUGCGCCAGAGGCCUUCGGGAAGAUGGGUGGCUGAGAUAAAAGAUACAAUACAGAAGAUAAGAGUAUGGCUGGGAACUUAUGACACUGCUGAGGAGGCUGCAAGAGCUUAUGAUGAAGCGGCUUGCUUGCUUCGUGGAGCCGAUACUCGCACAAAUUUUUAUCCUUGCUCUCCAACUCAUUUAAGGCCAGCUCUUCCCUCAAAGAUCACCAAUCUUCUGUUGCUUAGGCUACAAGCAAGGCACAUUGCCUCUGCCUCAAUGGUGGCGACCUCUUUGCCUUUUAGCCUACAAGAACCGGAAACUGAAGUAAAAGAUUACCACUUUGAUAGUUUCUUCAAUCUGCCAGAAGAUUGCACCACUUUUGAAAAUAGUGAUACUCUUACUAAUAGUACUAGUGUUGGUGUAACUAAUAGUGAUAACGUUACAGAGUUUUGA